UUUGACAUCAAACAGCCGCCAUCUUAGAAAAAAAUCGUGCGUGUGUCUCUUCGGGCAGCUCGGAGCGUUCUGUGCCGUAGUUUUGUGGCAUUUUUCACCGUUUUCCGGUGGUAAAAGUGUAGUCCAUCGGGCGGGGAAAGUGUAGCGCAGUGUGGCAGCGUGCGGUUCAGUGUUUGUGGUGCAGGAAAAGGCGUUUUUUGCUGGUGUUGUGUUGGAAAGCAAACUGCUUCGCCCCUGCUCAGAUUCAGAAGCAACAAGUGGACGAGCACACCAAGUACGUCGUGCAAUGUGGAAAUUCAUCGUCCAAUAUUGAUCCGUCGCUCGCUUUCCGUUUGCCGUCGUGCUUGGCGCAGUGAUUUUCACGUAGUGCUUGGAAAAGGGAAGCGUUCUGUGCGCCCCUCGGGGGUCAGGUUGUUCGCGGAUCGUAUGCAAAAAAGGGAAAUAUUUUGAAAGUGCUACUGUUUUUUGACACUUACACACUCACCAACACACACAUCCGUACAUAUAGAGACGAACGGAGGAAGCGCGUUGUCUGCGUUUUGAUGGUGUGCGUGUGCGUACGGUAUAGUUGUGUGAGUUUGGUUGGCAGAGAGUGUGUGUGGGAGAAGCGGGUGUGUGCGACGCGUUCAAGAUCGGUGUGUGAAGCUGACGGCUGACCAAGCGAGACAGAAAGAGAGUGAUCGAGACGAAAAGAAGUAAAAAAACGAGUCGGCUGUGUGCGUUGGGCGUCGUGCGUGUGUAGUGGUGAUCACCGCAUACUUGAUCGCGCAUAGUUUAGCAAAAACGUUUAAAGGAACACACACCGAAGCUGAAGAGGCUGUAGCAGGCCAUUCAUUCAUUCAAUCUGCCGUUUCCCUGUGUGGCCACAGACUCCCCGGGAUAUCAUUGAUGCGCAUGGCAUGGAUUACAUUAUGAUGGCUUCCCGGCAUGCAUUCAGUCGCCCUAAACUUUGCGUAUACCAGCGGGCACAGCAUCCAAGAAGAAUGUGCAACGCUAAAGCAUAAGCGACGAACCUGUAAGUUGUAGUGAAAAGGGACUUUUGCGGACCAAAAACUAGUAGAAGUAAAAAAAAAAACAAACAAACUCCAAACCAUCAUCGAACACGCAUGCCGAUUGGCCCCCGCGCAGCGGAUGGUACUGCAGAACGAGGGGCGCACGGUAAAGCACUCGGGUCCGGUACCCGGGCACGGCGGUAAUGGUGACAGCAGCGAUCCUGGCGACAGCACUAUGGACAGCGACCUAGCCGGCCCCACCGAGACGUCGUCGGGCACAGCUACGAACAGUGGGGGAGGAGCGGAAGGCGAAGGACACAUUACCUCCAAUGGAGGUGGCAGCAGCGAGCGCAUGUCCCACGAGCAGCCGGUGAUCAAGCGGCAACGGAUAGAGCACGAUCGGGCCCACAGUAGAGGGGCGAGCAAUGUGGGAGGCGGUCUGCAUGGUCAGAGCAGUCCCGGCAGUGGUAGAAGCAACGGGUUGGCAACCGCAAACACAACACCAGCAAGCUCCAGUGGGAAUUCUUCCAACUCUUCGUCGGCCUGUUCAUCGUCCACCUCCCUUUCAUCCUCACCUUCCUGCUCGUCGACGAAGCUGGUUCCUUCCUCCCUGGACCAUUCGUCGGACGAUGAGCAUGCGCUUGCCUCGACACACUCCAGCACGGAGUUGGUCGGUCCGAACGGUCCCACCCACCAUCCGGAAACGCCCGCCACCGCGCCCGUCGACUAUCACGCCGUGUUUCAGGAAGCAAUCGGUCGACAAUGUCUCUGUACGAUCGAUUCCGGCGCGCUGCUAAUGUCGUUUCAGGCGCAUCGCGCCAGCCACACGGCAGGUGUCACGCCGGACACGGCCGCCCCACUCGCCGAGUGGCCGUUUGAGCAUCUGCUCAAGUUUCUCUCGAACGUGCAGCUGCUGUUCGACACCUACCUGAAGCAAAACAUCAAGGGCAACAUCUGCGCGGGCGUGAUGGAGCUCUGCAACUAUCUGAUCCGCAGCGAGGACCACCCCCAUCUGGCGCACCCGCAUCUGCGGCUGUACCGCGCGAGCAGUCCGGCGUUUGCGGCCGCCUUCCCGGCGCUCGACAUCGACGAGCUGAUCGGGCUUUGCAGCUGCAGCAGCAAGUACGUGAGCUACUUGGCCGGUCGAAUACUGUCCUCGUUUCUGAUCAUCGUCAAGGACGACCCGGACGACGACCGGUGGCUGGAAAAGAUCGUGGCGAACCUGUUCGACUUUGGGCAGCUGGAUCUGCACGCGGUGCGCAAGAUUAGCGCGAGCCUGGAGGUGAUCAAGCGCAUCGUCGAGUGGAAGGACGAAACCGAGCAUCCGCUCGAGGAGGAAGCGGCCGGUGGUGGUGGUGAUGUUGCUGCGGGUGGAGCAACUGCUGGCGAAUGGGCCUCUCCCCCUGGUGCCGCUGGUGGAUCGGGUGGACCUGCAGCUAGCAGUGCGGGACCAAUGUUCGGUGCACCCUCACUGGCGGACAAUUACUUCGCAACGCACUACGCAUCGUCGCAGUACGAUGGUGCGGCGGCAGCGGCCAGCAUUUUCCAUCCACCAGGCGGCGAAUCGUCGGGCGGUUCGUCCUCGACCGGCUCCGCAUCCACUUCGAUCAUCCCGCCCGCGUCCAAAGCUAACGAACCGCCGGCAGCAGCAUCUAGUCACGGUACGCACAGUACUACGAAUCAUCACCUUCACCAUCACCACCACCAUCACCGCACCUGCCGCUACAUCACACUGACCGACUCGGAAAGCUUCGACACGACGCGCAUCAAGUUCGAGACGAUCAACAUCCUCGGCGGCAAAUGGUCCGCCCUGGUGAAGCACAUCAGCUCGCUCACCCGGGCGCAGGCGAACAGCUCCAACCCGGCCGUCAUGGUGGCGACCGAAACCUGCAUCCUUACCUUUCUGCGCCUGUGGGAAAGUAUUAUCAGCGUGAAGGCGAACCUGUCGGUGGUGGAGACACAACCGUUUCACUCGCAGCUCGACAACUUCCAGCUGCUGCUGCUCGUUACCAAGAAUGCGGUAAUCUAUCGCCAGAUGCUGACGCUGUUCAACGAGGCACUGUGCUACGGCAGCACGCUCGCGCUGCAGGACCUCAUCCCGGAGGAGGUGGGCAGCCUGGCGCACAACAUCGUGCGCUCGGUCAAGGACUACCGGAUACUGGACAAGAUGCCGAAAUCGUCGUACAGCAACCAUCUCGGCUUUCUCGGGUAUCAGGGCGAGAUGGUGCGGUAUCAGGACCGGCGGUUAGCCCGACUGCACGAUGGCGGGACGGCCGGUGUCGGCAGUGUAUCGGUGGCAGCGCCCGAAACGUGCUACGAUCGGACGCUGCUGCAGAAGAUGGCCCUGCUGGUGCUGAAGGCGGUCGCGGUGAUCGUGAAGGAGAUACGGUGCGACUCGAGCGACUCGAGCGUGGAUAGCAGCGACUUUGACAUGCAGGAGAUACAGAUGAUCGAGCGCAGCAUCCGCGAUGUGGUGAAGAAGCUGGAAACGUUCCUGAAGGCGCAGCUCGAGUUCCACCCGGAGAGCCACUUCAGCAAGGUGCUGAUCCACCUGUUCGACGACCAGGACGACUAUCUGGUGGAGGCGAUGGUGUGCACGCUGGACGUGACAUCGGGCAUCUCCUUCCGGAACAACGCGUUCCCGGAGCUGAUUGCGAUGCUCAACCCGGUGUACACGUUCAUCGAGUUCAGCAAUCUCGGGCCGAACAUAACGCACCUCUUUCUCGACCUGCUGAUCAGCCCGGAAACGUGCUUUCUGCUGUUUCUGCUGCGCUUCCUCAAGUACAUACGGCAAAACUGGGCAAUGUUUACGCAGAGCUGCUACAACUACUACCGGCAUAACAGUUACAGUAAUGCGGCCACGCUGCUACAGCAUCGGUUACGUGCUGCUAGUGGGAGCGUCGGUGGUGGUGGCAGCAGCGGCAGCAAUGUAGGAGCACCGGUCGGUGAUCAUAGUGGCGCGGUGGCAGGUGCUGUUGGCUCGAACGCGAACGUCAUACUGGACAGUGUGAUGACCGUGUUGAUCAGCCUGCGGCUACAGAUCAGCCGGCUGGUGGCGGACACGCUGUUCCCGUACAAUAUUACUCCCAUUUUGAGAUUGAUAGAAAACUGCGAAAGUCUGUACGAGGGCAACGAGCUGAGUUGAAGCGGGAAAGCAGCAGUUGGAUUGAAUUGUAGAUACACAUAGGGAUGCGAAACGAAAUGGGCGGGGCACGAUCCCUUCCCUCCUUAGCAGUAAUGUAACAAAAGUACAACCUUUUAGAAAGCGUAUUUGAAAUGUGCGUGCCUUUAUCCUUGAUAAGUGCUCUCUUAACGUAUCCAAAAUCCAGGCCCUCCGUUGUUCUCUCUUGGCGGCAGCAGCCGGAGUAGGCGGCUGACAAAUGCAUUCCACUUAGUACGGGCACGUUUUGUUUCCAUUUAAUGUAUUAGCCGUUUAGUAAUUUGUAAUUUGGGGACUGAUUUUGUACAGUGGUUUUUGAUUUUGUGUCGCGGCGACAAUGAGGGUUCAUAUUCAAAAACUAAAAAAAACCCUGAUAUUGUGGUGUACAUAAGCUGUGUAGAUAAGCGGUCUUACUUGUAUGUGCAAGUGUCUUCCAUAACCCCAGUUCCCAGUUAUAUGUUCGGGAUUUGCUUUUUUUAUUUAGUGUGACGCAAAUGAGACACCUCGCGCACGAUCCUUCGCAACAGUGGAGACAACCAUUCCACCACGACGGAACGUGAGUGCUCCGCUUCUUUACGGUGCUGUCGAAACUUGCUAAUCUUGCCACGAGUUGAUAGUAUGUCCAUUCCAAAAGGCCGCACACUCGGCGCGCCACUGUACAAAUGUCCAAUUUCCCCAAAAGUGAGGGAGCAGCAGCGGCACAAGUAAACCUGCUAACCCAAUUGUACCUCCUUCCCCACCCUCAAUCUUAGGCUAGACAAGGUCACAAAAUGAAUUGUGUAAACUUUGAAGUAGAAAGUUUUAGCUUAAUUUAUAUGUGCUAUAUAUAUGUAUCUAAAAUUAUACAACGUGCGCUAGGCGAGUGUCGCACAGAGCAAAGUGCCUUGUUUUAUUGAAAUGACAUCAAAUGGCGCGCAGCCACCACUAUUACUAAUCACCGUGGAGAAUGGGUUGUUGGUAGUGAGACACACCCCGUGCGUACGUUUAAUUUAAUUUAUCAUUCAGAAGGGAAGGACUUUCACGUUCGUGUGCUUUACAAGUAAAGAAGGGUGAACGAAGCGCAGAAAGUGUAAACAGGGGAGCAAGCAGGCAGGAGGAGGUGCCCGUACUCACACAUAUCGUCGUAUCGAACGCGGUUGACCGCCGCUUCCACAAUAGAUUGUAAUAAACUAUUUAAAUGAUUUUUAUA